AUAACCCCGCGGUCGCCAGGGAGAGGAAGAGUCUAGCAGAAAGCCAAGAGGAUCAGCUGGUAGACACGACGUCGCUCAUUUUUGUGGAAUUUUUUGACGAUUCUGUGGUAGACAUUGUUGUAGGCAGCCGUUUAACAGUAGAGCAUCAUGACACCAGCAGAAUGGAGGACAGUCAGGAGGAGCGAGUGCAUGACGAGGAAGAGUGGCAUGUGGAGGCCAUGGCUGUCAUCCAGGACGUAAAGGACUGCGUCUCGCUGAUUAGCAUCUCGUCCCUCCCUUCUUCCAACACCACCAUCUUCUUCAACCUCACCACCCGGGAGAACAACUUCUACUGCAUCGAACUGACGGCUUCCGGUUUCAGGAUUGUGAGCAGAAAGCACGACGACAACAGCGAACCCCUAGAGCAAUACUACGAGACUCCUUACGCGCUAUUGGACAGCAUCAGCCCCCUUUACAGAGAGAGUUUCAGCUCGGCACUGGCAGCCAAACUGAUGCUGCUUGAGAGCCUGAAUGAGGCAGAUGAGCCAGAAUGAUCAGUGAAUCAUGAAGAACUUGCAGAGGAAGGAAGAAAAGUCGUCUUUUGCUCUUACUCAACAGAAUUUUAGCUUAGUAAGAAAGUAGCAUGCUAAAAGUGACUCGGUGCAGGUGUGCUGAAUUGCUGUAGUUGGCAUUGUAAUGUAAAAAGAUUCAACAAACCAUUAAAAGUUCUCUGGCCUGGAGGUCUGCGAAACAUCAGUUCAAAGUGGAUGCUUCUCUUCUAGUCCUGAAAUCAUAGAAUUUUUUUUAUGGAAUGGGGACACCAUAAUAAGACGAUUAAAUUUAUGAAAACCGGAACUUUCAUGCAGUUGAAGUGUAAUUAAAAUUCAGCUCAUUAUGUGAUCUAGAAAAAAGAAAUCUAGAAGCCAGCUUUCCUGAAACUACUAGUAAAACUGAGGGUAAGUUUACUUUUUUCCAUUGAUCAUAGGCAAUAUGAAAAAGAUAAUAUAUAUAUAUAUACUUCUAUUUUUGUGUGUAUGCAAAUUCUUUUGUAUUUCUAUAUAAGUACAGGUAAAUGCUGAAUAUUUUUCUAUAUUUUUGGAAGAACAAAAGAAGUUGUUUUUUUUUCCUUCAAGGCAUGUUUCUUCUGACGUAAUUGAUGUCUGCCAACUUCAAUGUAUUUGUGAAAGACAUUGACACAAAGAUGAAUAGAGAUUAGAUGUGUUCACUGUCAAGCAUGAGAUCAUUUGAUAAUACAUUAUGGACUGUAACA